AAGAAUUCGGAUAAGACGGCGAAGGAAGAAGUGGUACGUACGACGAAGAAAGCGAUGGAGGCGUGUAAGGCGUAGAGUUCGUUGCAGCAUCCGCGUUCGAGGAAGGCGAGUGAGGGUGAGGCUGAUUGGUAGAAGACGCGUAAGAAUCACCAAGAAUGGUAGAACGAGGAGGAUUCGCUUCAGACGGCGAAGACGGGGCAGAAGAGGACGAAGAGGACGAAGAGGAAGACGCUCCAGGAGAAUCCUUUUCAGGAAACGAAAGCGCAGGAUAAGACGCGGUCCAUAUUUUAUACGGUUUAGACGUGGGCGCCGUAAAUACCGACUCAGCCGAGUAACAUCAAGAGUGAAGCUGUACUUCCGAAGGCGAUGGUAUCGCCCCUUUCACCGCGGACGUCAGUGGUUUUUACGCCUUGGAAAGAAAAAUUGCAGAGUUAUCCGGCGAGGCAGGAGAUGGAUAGUACACUACAGGAGACGCUGGAUUUCUAUACAGAGAUUUAUGAUACGCUUUCAGCGUAGGUACAGAAUGGUAACACGGCGCAGGGGAAGAUUUUACAUCACCUUCAAACGACGUAAAGUGCGUUUUGGCUUCAGGCGUUCUCUAUUCUUUGUUUUCCACGGAAAGCGCACCAUCGUACGGCCAAAGAGACUUGGAGGGCGACUGUUUUACAAGUUCCGAAUAAAUGGAAGGUGGACUAUGCGGAGGAUGCGAAAAAGAUUAAAGCCGCGAGGACGAAUCUACCGAGGAAGGAGAAGACUGAGGAAGCCCAAAGUAUUGUUCAAAAAACGAUACUUUAAGUUAAGACGAGGAAGACGUUCAUAUCGCGUGAGAAUUGGAGGACGCAUUCAAAAGAUACGCAAAAUCAUAAAACGGCUAAGAAUCAAGUUCAUGCGGAAGUGGCGUCCUUUGCGAUAUCGUGGAGGCCGAUGUUAUGUUUUGGUUGGUCGACGAUGGCGUAUUGUCAUUCGUAAAAGGCGACGUUGGUAUAUAUCAUACAAACGACACUUGAGGCCUCUCCGUCGUAAUUUCGGAACAUUUAAAAUCUAUCUUGCGAAACGUUUCAGGCCUUUGAAACGUAUCGGGAAGAAAUACUAUGUGAAGAUUGGUCGAAAAGUCCGGCUAAUGAAUCAUCGUUAUAAGCUGUUUUUUAACUACAAGGGAAGAAGAGUUACGGUGAGGAGGAAAGGUCGGCGUGCACGUGUCCUAUGGCGGGGGAAGUGGAGAAGAUCCAGAAGGAUCCGCUAUAGACGACCCAAAAUACGAGGACGACGUCAGAGGGGGCGAUUGAGAAUUAUUAGACGUUUAAGACGGCGAAGGCGACGGCAAAGGCGAAGGAGACGACGACGAAAUCGACGAAGAAUACGUAGAAGAAAACGAAGGUUACGAAGGCGAAGGAGGCAGCUCAGACGUUCUGCAGUUCUAUUCAAAUACGGAAGGCGCUUCAGGCCUGUGCGCAGGAUUGGAGGAAAAUGGAAAUUCCUUUAUGGACGUCGAUGGCAGAAAAUAAGGUUCCAAAAAAGGUCAGUGAGAGUGGGUGGGAGGAAAACUCCCCUACAGAGGCGGCUGAUGAUUUACUUUGUAAGAAGGUGGCGGUACGUGCUAGUAAGGCGCCGAGGGCUGUUCAUAAGAUACGCGAGAAAGUACAGAAAGAUCAUACUUGGACGAGUUAUAAAACUGAGGUAUAAUAGGAAAUGGAUCAGCUUUAAAGGACGAAGACGAUAUAAGAAACUCAGAAAGAACAGGGCUAGGAAACGAAGACGCAGAAGACGAAGAGCUAGAAGAAGACGAAAACGGCGAAGGCGACGAAGGAGAUACAGGCGAAGAAAACGAAGACGAACACGUAGGCGUAGGCGGAGAAGAAAUAGAAGGCGCAGGAGACUUAUUCUGUUCCGAUAUGGCAGACGUGUGAGGAAAGUGUUCCCAAGGAAGGGAAGACUUUUCUUCCGAAUCGGAAAGGUUUACAUGGGAUUCAGGUACCUCAGAGGUGUCGUGUAUGUAAGGAAGCCGGGAGGCAGAUGGCGUACAAUUCGAAGGUUACGAAAUAGAGUGAGGAUCUGGACAGGACGUCAUUGGACUCGCUUAACGGUUCGUCGCGGAAGACUGUGCAUUCGUAAAGGAAGGAAGUACAGAAAGAUCACAAUAUUGAGAGGAGGUCAAGUCAGAGUGCAUUACAGAAUAGGUUGGAGGAGGAUUGGACGGCUACGAAGACAACGGCGAAAGCUCAUCAAACGAAGAAAACGUCUCAGGCGACGACGAAGGAGAAGACGGAGGCGAAGGAGACGACAACGACGACGACAACGAAGACGUCGCAGAAGGCGACGAAGGCGACGAAGGAGGCGCAGAAAAUUGAGAAAGAGGAGGCUAAGGUGCGUGAUGCGCUAUCAGCUUCGCCGCAGGUGGAGACAAGUCGUUCGGAAAGGCAGACGUUUCUACAUCAAAAUAGGACGAAGAUGGCGGUCAUGGAGACCACGAGGGUCCCGUGUAAAAAUAGGACAAAGGGGACGAUAUCAACCAAUUAAUAACCGGCUCAAGAUAAGGGUCGGUUUAGUAUGGAGGAGAAUAAAGCUAAGACGCCGUAAAUUGACGGUCACGUGGAGAAGAAGACUAAGACCUGUGUCGAUAACGAAGAGGCGACUAAAGGUUUUUACCGGAAAAGGAUGGAAAACAUUAACGAGGCGUAGGAGAUAUCCAAGAAGAAGAAUCCUUCGCAGGAAAAGGAGGCGACAACAACGGCGAAGAAGGCGAAGGAGGAGACGAAGACGAAGGCGACGACAGAGAAAGCUGCGGAGGCGGCGCCGGAGACAGCGAAGAAGAAUAAGAAGAAAACGGAGGAGAAGGCGCACAAGGCGAUCAGGAUGUGUGUUGCGUAUUCGUUAUGGCGGUCGAUUCAGACCAGUGUAUAGUAGAAGAGGUCGGCUGAUGAUGCGUUUAAGGAGGCGAUAUGUGACAGUGAGUUACAGGAACCGACGAUUAUAUAUCCGCCUCAAAAAGAGACGGGUUCUCGUGAGAAGCCGCCGAAUACGAGUAUAUGUGGGGAGAAGAUGGGUAAAGGUGCGGCGACUUGGUGCUAAACUUUAUGGCAAAGGCAAACAACUCCGACUAACGAGAAGGGGAGUAAGAGUUUUCACGCGUAAAGGGUGGAGACGAUUAAGGUACCGAGGAAGGACACGCAUAGUAAGGUACACGAGGAAAUACUUGAGGAGACUUCGAAGGCUCCGAAAGUUGCGACGAAGACAACUCAGAAAGGUACGAAGAAGGAAAAGAAGACGACAACGAAGACGUAAACGAAGGCGGCGUAGAAGACGUCGAAGACGACGUCGUAGAAGGCGGCGAAGACUUCGUAGACGAGGCGGUUAUGGAAGACGAGGAAGAAAGAAGAGGCUGAGAAGGAGACUGAAGAGAAAAAGAAGACGAUUCAGGAGAAGGGCAAGAAGACGACGACGGAGACAAAGACGACGUCGAAGAAGACGAAGACAGCUUUUGAGGCGAAAGCGCCGCUGUGCGCUGCGUUUCCGUUAUAGAAAAAUUUGGAGAAGCAUUUUCAGAUGGAAAAAACGCCUGGUUUUCCGAUUUCAUGGAAAACUCCACUAUCUAAGGUACCAUCGCGGAGUGCUCAGGCUCAGGUUGAAAAGAAGAUGGAUUCUAGUCCGUAAUCUGGGAUAUCGCCUGCGGGUCUAUAUCAGAGGCGUUUGGAGACUGAUUCGUAAGAAGGGUCGCUACUUGUUUGCUAAAUAUGGACGCAGAUAUCGAAGGGUAACACUCUACAGAGGAUUGCCUAAAAUCAAAAUCGGGAAACGUUGGAGGCGCAUCAGAAAAAGAGUGAGUAGGAGGACAAAAAGGAGGCGACGGAUCAGGAGAAGAAGAAGAAGGCGACGAAGAAGGCAAAGAAAGCGAAAACGAAGAUACAGGAGAAAGCUAAGACGGCGAAGAAGACGAAGACGUCGACGGCUUCGAAGAUGCGUCAUACGAGUCCGCCGUGGACGACACUGGCUUCCUAUCAUUAGGAAGAGAGGUGUUUUGAAGAUACGAAUCGACAGGGUUUUUAGGCGCAUCAGAUUCACGAGGGGUGUAACCUACAUCAAGUUCGGAAGGCGUUGGAUAAAGAGAAAUUACCGAGUUAACAUCCGAAUGGGAAGAAAAUGGGUACGCAUGGUCCGGUUCGGUCGAAAAUUUGGCAUCCGUUUCAGAAAUAGGAUGAGGGUCUUGAACUUCUAUCGCGGCCGACUAAGGCUCCGUAUGAGAAGACGCUGGCGACUCAUUAAAAGAAGACGAAGAGGAGGAAAACGAGCGAGAAGGAGAAGACGAAAAAGAAAUCGAAGACGAAGGAGAAGAAGAUCUAGAAGAAGACGACGCAGAAGGAGAGGGAGAAGAAGGAGACGAAGAAGACGAAAGAUAAGAAGGCGAAAGAGGAGACGAAGACGAAGAAGGCAAAUAAGAAGGCGACGCCGGUGUGUUCUGCGCUUCAGGUUCCGAGGACUUUGGAGGAGGCUUUAUCCUAGAGAAAGAUCGUUCGUUUUCCGUAUGAAGAGAGAAUAUGGACGUGUUAGGUUAUAUAGAACAAGGUUAAUAGUUUACUACAGGCGAAGAAGACGUGUUCUUACAAGAACAAGAGUCCAAGUUCGAAUCUCCAGAGUCUGGCGUACGUUACGAAAGUAUCGCAAAGGCUUCGCCUUCCGUUACAGAAGAAGAAUGAGGCCUUUAAGAAUCAUACGAGGAUCGGUAGUAUACCGAUAUGGGAGGCGUUGGCGGAAACUUAAAAGAAGAUGGAUGUCCUCCAGGCGAAGGAGAAAGAGGAUUAAACGUAGAAUUAUCAGGAAGCGGCGACGACUUUUGAGACGUCUGCGAAGGCGAAAGAGGAUACGAUACCGACGUAGAAGGAAAGUGCUAAGGCGACGAAGAAAAAGGAGAAGACGAAGGAGACGAAGAAGACGCAGAAGGCGACGAAUUCGACGGAGGAAGAGGAGAAGAAGAAGCCGACGAGUACGAAAAGGAGUCCGUCGUCGUUUCAGAAGGGUGAGAGGAAGAAGGAGAAAAACAAAAAGACUUCGAAGAAGGAGAAGGCGAACUAGAAGGAGACAAAGACGACGAAGGAGAAGGCGAAGGCAGCGAAGAAGGAGAAGGCUUAGGAGGAGACGAAGAAAGCGAAGGAGACGUCGCCGACGACGACGCCGCCGUUGUGUAAUGCGUUUCAAGUACAGAAAUAGAAUGAGGAAGGUAUAUCGUAUUGGGAACAGACUGGUAAUUCGCAGAGGGAGAAAGCUCAUAAGAAUCAGUUACCACAGGGGAAGACUUACUAUUUAUGGAAAAAGACGACUAACUCUGCGGCGUCCCACUGCAAUAGUGCGAGUGAAUGGCAGAUGGCGUAGAUUAGUUACAUAUCGUGGUAGGUGGAUGAUUACCUACAAACGAAGACGGCGUAUAUUUAAGACACGACAUGCACGGUUCUUUAUCAAGUUCAAUAGAACCUACAGGAAAAUUAGCACUUACAGUCUACGACACAGGCGCAGAAGAUUGAGGCGAAUACUGAGAAGAAGAAGACGAAGGGUCCGGAGACGAAGAAGGAGAAAAAGGCGCCGGCGAAGAAGGAGAAGGAGGAGGCGCCAGAAACGAAGACGUAGAGGAUUACGACGAAGACGUCGAAGACGAAGACGGGGUUGUGUGAUGCGUAUUCGAUACGGGCGUCGCUGGAGGCCAGUGUAUCGAAAACGUGGUCGCCUAGUAGUAAGAAUAGGAAACAGAGUACGAUAUGUUCGAUACGUGGGCAAAAGGUUGAUGUUUAAGCGAAAGCGGAAAUGGAAAACAGUACGAAAUGCCCAAGUCUGGUUUAGAAGAUGGCGCCGCGUACGUUUCUUUAAAAAACGCCCAUACCUGCGCUACAAGCGUAAGUACCGUAAGUUGCUUAUCCGUGGAGGAAGGAUCAGGUGGCGAUCCAUAAAGGGAUGGAAAACAAUCAGACCCAGAUUGAGAGGCCGACGAGGAAAGUUUAAUAGGCGAAGAACAAGACGCAUGAUUAGAAGGCGCAGGCGUAGACGCAGACGGCUUAUCCGGCGCAGAAGACGAAGAAUACGGCGACGACGAAGACGGCGUCUCAGAUGUGUCAUUCGAAUUAAAUGGCGACGAAGAUGGAGACCAGUGUAUCGGCGAGGAAAAUUAUUGAGUUUUGUCUAUAAACGACGACCAGUAAUAGUCAGAUUUUACAGGAGACAGUUCCAAUAUAAAUUUGGACGGCGAUGGCGUACUUUUAGAAACCCGGUGAGAAUUGUUCGAGUUUUUUACAAAACAUGGCGUAGAGUAGUAUUACGAGGAGGAAGAGUCUACCUUCGGGUGGGUCGAAGAAUGAAAAGGUUGAAACUCCGCAGAUGGGGAGUGACAAUACGGCGGUUCCGUCGAUGGGUACCCUUACAAAGAUAUAGAAGAGGAAGGAGAGCAAGGCGGAUGCGUAGGAGACGAAGAAGGAGAAGAAGAAGGAGUAGAAGACGAAGAAGAAGGAGGCGAAGACGAAGAAGGCAGAGGCGACGAAGGAGACAAAGGAAACGACAACGCCGAAGGAGACGAGUCAGGAGGAAUGUUCCACAGAUCAUUGUCCGUUACCGCGGUAAAUCCAUGGUUGUAUACCGAAGACGAAACAGAUUUGUAUUACGAUACAAGCGAAGAAUAAGAUCAGUUAGAUUCCAUCCUAAGGGCGUGUACUUCUAUUUUGGAAGAAAAUGGAGAAGGCUUUAUGGAAAGAUUAUGAUCAGGUUACUUGGAGGGUACAGGAAUGUACGAUUUUACAGAAAAAAAUACUGGGUUGUCAUCCACCGACGGCAGACAAGAAUAGCCUUCAGAAGUGGGAAGGUGCGUUUACGUGUCCGAAACCGCUGGAGAACAGUCGGAAGGCGUAGACGAUAUGGAAAACGACGAGGAGUAAGAAAAUGGAGAAGAAGAAGAAGAAGAUUAAUCAGGCGUCGAAAGCGAAGACGAAGAAGGAGAGCACGAAGGAGGCGUAGAAGACGACGACGAUACCGUCAGAAGUUGAAAAAGCUACGACGAAAGAAACGGGGCAGCCGAUUGCGCUUCUUUUGGCGGCGUAGGUGGCGUACAGUAAUCCGAUCUCGCGGAAAGUAUACGUUCACGUACGGUGGAAGGCAAAGACCAUUAAGAUUCCGUCGAGGUUUUAUUUACUUGAGAGGGAAACGGAAGACUUGGCAUAAGGUACUGAGAACCUCCAAACGCCUAAAAGUUCUGGUAAGACGAUGGCGCUAUGUGCGAAGAUACCGAAGACGCUGGAGUAUUACUUACCGAAAGAGGAAAGUAAGAAUUCGACUCCGACGUGGAAGAGUUUGCCUAAGGUUGGGAAGAAGGUGGCGUAAACUUAGAAAACGUCGAGUCCGUAGAAGAAGCCGGGGCAGGCGAGGUAGACGACGCAGAGGAAAAUGGAGGAAGAAAAAGUUGAGGAGAAGGAGGAGAUACAGACGCAAAAGGCGACGACAACGGCGGCGAAGACGAAGAAGGAGAAGAAGACGAAGGAGAAGGAAAGUACGGCGUAGACGAAGACGAAGAAGACAAAUGCGUCGCAGUAGGAUACGAGUUUAUUUCAACGGAAGAUGGAAUUAUGUAAUCAGAAGAAGAAGAGGAUAUAUCGUCAGAUAUAAAAGAACAAUAUACCGAGCCAGGUUCCACCGCCACUCAAUUAGACUUAGCCGCAGAGGGAAGAGAUCAAUUAAUUUGCCGCGCACGCGCAUUCAAGUCAAGAUAAGGUACUGGCGAAAACUCCUUCCGAGGUUCAAGAUUCUUUACAAGAGGAAAACCCGACAUCUCAGAUUCUACAAAAAUGGAUUAAGGAUAGGGCGGCGAUGGUUUUCUUAUCGACGUCCUCGAUUGACUAGGCGAAGAUCAAGGCGUCGACGUGUCAAAAGGAGAAGGCGAAGAAGGUUUAGGAGGCAGAAACGUAGGAGAAGACUCAGAAGAAGACGAAGGAGGAGAAGAAGGCGGAGAAGACGAAGACGACGAAUGAGGAGAAGGCGGAAGCAGAGACGAUAUGGAACCAGAAGACGGGGUCGACGCCUUAGACGAAGACGUGGUUGUGUACUGAAGAUAAGAUUGUACAGAAGAUGGAGAAAGGUGUACCAACGUAAUGGACGCCUAAUUUUCCGUUUCAUGGGGAGGAUUAAAACAAUCAGGUACUUGAGAGGUCGACUUAUCUUUAGACGGAAAAGAAGACCGACAGCACUACCCCUUAGUAGGCUUAGAGUUUAUGCGUUAGGAAGAUGGAGACGUGUGACCAAUAGAAGACGAGGAUUAGCUGUGCGCUACCAUAGAACCUACAGAAAAAUAGAUCUAACACGAACACCAGUAGCAAUCUGGAGCAAGAAUAGGCGGAUACCGCUAAGAAGAAGACCAAGGAACCGAUGGAGGGGACGCAGAGUUCGAAAGUAUCGACGUCGAAGGGGAUCACAUCGUCGACGCCUCAGGAGAAAGAGAAAAUUGAGAAGGAUCAGGAGAAGAAGGAAACGACUUCGUAGACGAAGGAGGUACCGACGAAGACGAAGGAGAAGAAGGAGGACGAGGAGAAAGAGGCGUAGACGACGAAGGCGUAGAAGACAAAAACGAAGGAGAAGACGCAGAGCUAGAAGAAGAAGACGCCGUCGACAAAGGCGACAGCGUUACAGCGUUUUAAGACUGAAAUAUUAUCGCAAGUGGAGAAGCGUUUAUCGCCGGGGAGGAAAAUUAUACUUCCAAUUCAGAGGAAAGUCAAGAAGAAUCAGAUGUGGCAGAGGCAGAAUAUUUGUACGUCGUCGUGGGAGGUGGAUAUCCACUAGGAGGCGACUCAGAAUCAAGAUAAAUCGUAAAUGGAGAAAAGUGGUAAGGUACAAUCGAGCUUUCCGUGUUCGAUAUGGAAGGCGAAGAUGCCGAGUGAAGAUCCGAAGAGGAAGGGUUAGAGUCAGAUUCCGACGAAAAUGGAGGAGAAUUAUACGGCGAAAGCGAGGAUAUAAAAGAAGGCGACGAAGAAGAGUGAGAAGAAGAGUACGAAGGCGACGCCGAAGAACUAGGAGGCGACGAAGGAGAAUUAAAAGACGAAGACGAAGACGACACAGAAGGAGGAGACAACGUAAAAGAAGGCUAAGAAGAAAAUACAGAAGAAGAAGAAUGCGAAAUAUCAGAAGACGACUACGAGGAAAAAGGCUGUGGAGAGGAAGAAGACGUAGACCGAGAUCUCGUCGCUUCAAGAUGCGAUUUUUAUAUAAACGUCGCUGGAGAGGAGCGUUCAGACGCAGAGGAUACUUGUGCGUCCGCACCAGGAGAGGAGUGAGAAAGAUAAGAUAUCGUGGCGGCCGCUGGAGGAUGUGGCGCAACAGACGAUGGUUUACUCUAUCUGGGAAAAGCCGUCUUAAAAUACGUUAUCACAGGAUGUGGAGACGGAUUGUUUACAAACGCCGCAAGCUGGUCGUGCUCGUUGGAAGAAGAUACAGAAAAGUACGGAUCCGCCGCGGACGAUUGAUCAUUAGGUCUACACGUAGAAUAACAAGGCGAAGAAAAGGAUAUACAAGGAGGGGAAAAUGGUCAAGGUUAGGCCGCAAGGGAUUCGCAAAACGCGCAAGAUCUUUGCGACGUCUGAGACGUCUUAGAAGAUUGAGGAAGAGGAGAAGGAGACGGCAAAGGCUAAGGCGAAGAGUGCGCAGACGAAAGAUCAGACGAAGAAAGAGAAGGUACAGGAGAAGGAGGAGACGAGCCAGGAGAAGAAAAAGGCGUAGAAGAAGAAGAAGGCGACGCAGACGGAGGAUCCGAAGACGAAUUAGACGCAGCGUAAUGCGAAUCUAUUACGCUAGGAGAUGGAGGAUGAUUUAUAGAAGGGGAACCAGACUGAUCUUUAGAAUCGGACGAAGACAAUGUUUCGUCAGAUAUGGAUUUAGAAAGGUGAGCAUAUUCCGCAGUGGACGAUGGAUUCGACUAAGGAGACCAAACAGACGCAUAAGAGUGUUUUACGGGAAUCGCUGGCGAACAGUAAAGAUAAAUAGACAAGGGUUACUCCUAAGAUACGGCAGAAAAGGAUAUCUCAUGCGCUUUACAAGGGGAUUAAUUUCUAUAUAUCGGCGAGGACACUGGAAGCGUAUCAGAAUCCGCCGCCGAAAGGUUUCACGGCGCAGGAGAAGGCUAAGAAGAAGGAGAAGAAGACGACGACGAGUGAGAAGAAGACGAAGGCGAAUCCGACGAACCCGGCGACGAAAGAGGCGACAACGUCGAAGGCGAAGAGUGCGAAGAAGACGAACUAGAAGACGAAGACGAUUGAGAAGGAUUACUAAACGACUAAGGAGGGGUAAGACGAGACGUCGAAAAACUCGUAGAAGCCGAAAACUGUACAGUGUCCUUCGGAUCUAUAUCAAGGGAUGGAGAAAAGCAUAUCGAAUUGGAGGUCGCCUGAGAGUCCGAUACCAUAGAAGAACAAAAUUAAUAAGAUGUAUUCAUGGUUAUCUUUACAUGCGCUCUGGAAGACGAUGGCGUAGAGUUAGAGUACGAGGUAAAGUACAGGUACUUUAUAACAGACGUUGGAGGUACGUGACCACAAUGAGGAGAAGGGGAAGGAGAAUGCUAGCUAUUAAGUACGGUCGUAAAGUAAUGAAGAUCUCUAUCCAUCAUGGUCGAGUAAAGAUGUUCAUUCCAGCACACUUCGAAACGGUUAAACCGAAGCCAAAGCCAAAACCGCGACCAAUACGACGAAAGCGACCACGUUCACGUGGAAAAGGACGUUAUGGGCGUCUAAGAGGGCGCCGAAGACGGCGACGUUGGCGAAAACGACUUCAACGACGACGGCGAAGGCGUAGACGGCGUUACAUACGACGCCGGCGAAAACCUUUGUUCCUUUUCUAUUAUAAAAGACGCUGGCGGUCGAUUAUCAGAUGGCGUGGUCAAUAUAGAUUGCGUUACGGUAAAAGAUGGAUAACCUUCUAUUAUCGAACAGGGCGAUACGUUAGAGUUACCUACAAAGGGAGGAGCCGCAUAAUACGUCGCGUCAGUAGGCGUUUCAAGGUGCGACUGGGUAAGCGAUGGAGAUAUCUUAAAGUACGUGGUGGAAGGCUUGUGGUUCGUCGGUUCGGAAGUUACAGGCCAUUCAGGUUAACAGGCGGCCGGAUCCGGCUACGAUACCGCAGAAGAUGGAAAACAGUUAAGAGACAACCGCGAAGCCCGAGGAGACGAAGACGAUGGAGACGUCGACAUCGACGACGACAAAGGCGACGCGUGAGACGGCAACGUCGUAGAUACCGACGACGUAUGCGACGAAUAAGACAGCGCAACAUUUUACGUUUCUAUUAUGGUCGAAAAUGGAUAAGCGUAUUCCGUAGAGGUAGUUCAUUGAGAUGUCGUUUUGGUGGCAGAUGGAAACUUGUACGAUACCGUAAAGGAAGGAUCGGAAUCCGAUAUGGAAGGAGAUGGAGGUGGUUGAGUAGAAGACCACUUAAAUUCCGCUUUGGCCGACGAUGGCGAUCACUGCGAUUUUACCGUGGAAAACCUCGCAUAAGAUUUAGAGGAAAACUGACAAAACUGCGUAUAGCUUACGGUAAAUUGCGCUUACUAAACAAAAGAAGAUGGACGAGACCAAGGACACGUAGAAUGAUACGAAGAAGACGACGAAGACGACGAAGAAGAAGGUUAAGGAGGCGAAAAAGACGAGCGAGACGUCGACGCCGACGAAGGGGACGGGGAAGGCGCCGUAUAAGUCGAUGUGUGAUGCGUGUAGGAUUCAGAGGACGAUUCAGGAAGAUUUACAGGCGAAGAGGACGAUUGAUAAUGCGCUGGGGAAGAAGAUUCAAGAGAGUAAGGUACAAGUCUCGGAAAGGAAAGAUCUCAUUCACGUUCAAAGGAAGACGACGCUAUAUCAAACCUUACAUCCGCAUCAGAAAGCGAUGGUGUCGUAUAAGACGACGCAGAGGCAAGAUCACUGUUCGUGUACGUGGAAGAUACCGUCGAUUCAAGCUAUUACGCGGAACACCUGCAUUUAGGAAAGGUAGGAAAUGGCGAAGAAUCCGUUACAGAGGUAGGAUAUCACGAAGACGCCGUCACCAGAGGAGACGUAAAUAUCUACGCAAAUUACGACAAUUACGUCGCUUUAGGCGUUACCGUCGACGAAUGAGGCGAAAAAGGAGACGGAUACGACGAUCCAAGAGACUUAGCAGCUCCUUCAUGAUCUACUAUCGCGGAAAGAGGAGAGUUGUUUUCAGGUGGAAAGGAAGAUUGACGUUCCGCCUUGGAGGAAAGCGAAGAAGAAUCAGGCUCUCUCGUGGCAAGCUAUAUUACUAUUUCCAACGAGCUUGGAGACAUGUUCCGAUGAAGAGGUAUCGACUCUACGUAUUCAGGAGAAGGAUGUGGCGACGAAUUGUUAUCCAGCGAGGAAAACUUAAGGCUCGCUUUGGUAAACGGUACAGACCAAUCUUAGUCAACAAUAAGGGUACCUAUAUGUAUCUAAGGAGACGCUGGUUACCUCUAAAACGGCGAAGACGUGUGAAGCCCAGAAGAAGGCCUUGGAGACGCUACAGAAGAAGAAGACGCUACAUUGUGAUGCGUGUAAAUGUUGGAGGACGUUGGAGAUCAGUUUACCAAAGAAGAGGAAAGUUCUUCUUCCGUUAUCGACGCAAGAAUUGUAGCCUAAGAUUUGUGCGUGGUUCAGUCUCAUACUACUUUGGUCGAAGAUGGUAUCGAAUCAGUUCUACCGCAAGGAUAAGAAUCCGUGUUAAAGGACGGUUCAGAAGAGUAAAGAGAGUGAGAAGAAAUAUCAGUGUCCUUUACCGAGGCAAAACCUCGCCAAUUCGUUUCAUAUACGGCAAAAUACAAUUUUACUACAAGAGGAUGUGGCGGCGUAUUUCCACUAUCCGUGGCAGGCGAGCAAGGAGACGUCAACGGCAAAGAAAUGUCAGACGGUAUUGGAGACGAUUUAGGCGUAGAAGACGAAGGCGUCGACGUCGAUACGGAAAGCGCAAUGGCAGAAUCUUUUUCAGAUGGGGUAGAAAAUUCUACCUCGUUCGAAGUAAGAAAGGACGGCUCAGCUUCCGUGUCGGCACAAAGUACUAUUUCCUGAGAAUCCGAAACAAAAGAGGUAUCUGGUUACGCUCCGGCAGAAAAGCUUGGAGGCUGGUUAGACGACCUCUUAGACGCUUAAAGAUGUAUAUCCGUGGCAAAUUACGCUGGAUUUAUCCACGCAAAGGACGUUUGAUGGUCUACUAUAGGCGAAGAGGACGACUAGUGCGAUUCCGAAGCGGACGGCCAUUUGUCUGGUUCCAUCGCAGAUGGAGAGGCCUUAGAUUAAGAUCCAACUACGCGAAAAUGAGACUCAAGAUUGGAGGCGUUUCAAGGAUCAUCCACAGAACAAAAGGCCGGUGGACUGUACGUUACAAAGGCAAACUCAGAAGGAUCUUACUGCGAGGACGACGAUUUGGAAUCUUUAUCGGAGGAAGAUGGAAAUAUGUGCCUGCAAGGGGAGGAGCCUUGCAGAUACGUUAUGGGGGAAUGUGGCGACGAGUGAGGAACUGCUGCAACAAACUGAAAGCUGUGUUACGUGGCCGUCUUCGACGAAUCCGACUUCGGUAUGGAAAAGCCAAAAUGCGAGGGAAGAAAGGCUGGAGUAGGUUAUUGCGCCAAGGGUUUCGCAAAUUUCGCCUCAAACGACUGAGAGACCAACCUGUUGCACAGACUACCAUAAAAGAAAGCGACGAACCACAAGAAUCUAACACCAUCGACCCCAGCCCAACCACAAAUAAGACUCCAGGAUCGCAAGUUUACGACUCGCCACCCACAGCCGCUGACCAAGAAGUACCACCUCAAUCAAUUACCGAUGAGAUCAGCCGGGAGACAGGGUCGACUAUGAACGUGAAUGACUACCUGUGAGAAGACCAAACGGAACACAGGAAACGGAACCGGACAUCGAAAAGGGACAGCUUUAACAUCUAUUUAACCAACUAACAUUCUUUUAUUUUUUUUUCUUUACUUAUGGCAGUUAGCAAGAUUAACCAAAGACAUGUAUUUUAAAAUUCAUGGUCGAACAUUAUCACACCUUGUUUGACGUACUUUCAAAGCACGUGUUGCACUGCCGAUAUACUUAUAACCUACUUAUCCUACUAACAAGUUUCGUUGUUUUCAAAGUUGUUCCUUUGUAUAACCAAUAAAGGCAUUAAAAAUUCA